AUGACAGGAUUCCCCAUGACAGACUCAGGCAUCCCAGAACUAACUCAGCUCCGACUGGUGAACGGCCCGAGUCGCUGCGCUGGGAGAGUCGAGGUGUUUCACAACCAGUUGUGGGGAACCGUGUGUGAUGACAACUGGGAUUUAACUGAGGCCAGAGUCGUGUGCAGGCAGCUGGGCUGUGAGACGGCGUUAUCAGCCCCAGGCAGAGCUCGAUUUGGGCGAGGAUCUGACCGUAUCUGGCUGGAUGACGUUCACUGCACAGGGACAGAAGCUGCCCUCUCCGAUUGCAGGGCUCGGCCUUGGGGAGACAAUAACUGUCACCAUGGAGAAGAUGCCGGUGUUGUGUGCUCAGAUUCCAGAAUCUCAGAAGUGGCUCAGCUCCGACUGGUGAAUGGUUCGAGUCACUGCGCUGGGAGAGUUGAAGUAUUUCAUAACGAGAAGUGGGGAACCGUGUGUGAUGACAGCUGGGACUUACAGGAUGCUGGAGUUGUGUGCAGGCAGCUGGGCUGUGGGACGGCGUUAUCAGCCCCCACCAGGGCUCACUUUGGGCGAGGAUCUGACCAUAUCUGGCUGAAUAACGUCAACUGCACAGGGACAGAAGCUGCCCUCUCCGACUGCAGGGCUAGGCCUUGGGGAGAGAAUAACUGUACUCACGGAGAAGAUGCCGGUGUCGAGUGCUCAGAUUCUGGCAUCUCAGAAGUGGCUCAGCUCCGACUGGUGAAAGGCGCGAAUCGCUGCGCUGGGAGGGUCGAGGUGCUUCACAACCAGCUGUGGGGAACCGUGUGUGAUGACAGCUGGGACAUAACUGAUGCUGGAGUUGUGUGCAGGCAGCUGGGCUGUGGGAUGGCGUUAUCAGCCCCAGGAGGGGCUCGAUUUGGACAAGGAUCAGACCGUAUCUGGCUGGAUGACGUUCACUGCACAGGGACAGAAGCUGCCCUCUCCCACUGCAGUUCUCGGCCUUGGGGAAACAAUAACUGUAACCAUGGAGAAGAUGCCGGUGUUGUGUGCUCAG